GCGCUGCGGGGCCGGGCGGAGCAGGAGGGUCUGUGCCGGGGAGACCCAUUAACCCCCCCGUGCCCGGCCCGCGCCCUGCUCCCGCUGGGGCCGCCCCGGGCUCUGCCCGCCCCGCUGCGGCGCUGCAGCCUCCAGGCUACAGAUUAACGUCCACGUUUUGCUCCAGAUCAUCCCAUCCUCCCAGGGGGAAAGAAAUGGCUUCAAUGGAGCUGGCUCAGGGGCCAGUGACUCUCGAGGAGGUGGCUGUGUAUUUCACCAAGGAGGAAUGGGCUCUGCUAGACCCUGUUCAGAGAGCCCUCUAUAGGGAUGUCAUGCAGGAGAACUAUGAAACGGUGGUCUUGCUGGGGUUUCCAGUUUCCAAACCUGAUGUGAUCUCGCAGCUGGAACGAGGGGAAGAGCCGUGGAUCCUGGACCUCCAGGACUCUGAGAAAGUAGAGCUCCCGAGAGGUGAUGGGAUAGUGAGUGAGAAUGAGGACGAAAAGCCCCAGCAGGAAGAUGCUGAGCAAGUAGAACCACAUGGAACAUUAUCAGGAAGAUCCAAAGGGAAUGUUUCCGGGAGUUGUGCACUCCGAGAAAAAGCAAAAGCCUGUGAGAGUCAGCACAGGCCAGAGGGAAAUUUCAGUAGCCACUCAAACCUUAUUGGAAAUGAGAGAAUCAACUUGGAAGAGACACACUAUGCAUGCCAUGAGUGUGGGAAAAGCUUCAAUGGGAACGCUGCCCUUAUCACACAUCACACAAUCUACAUGGGUGAGAAACCUUAUGGAUACUCUGAGUGUGGGAAACGCUUCAUUGAUAGUUCAACCUUCAUCUCACAUCGGCGAAUCCACACAGGAGAAGCGCCCCACGUAUGCUCUGAGUGUAGGAAACGCUUCAAUCAGAGCUCUGCCCUGAGCACACAUAGGAGAAUCCACACAGGAGAGACGCCCUACACUUGUUCUGAGUGCGGGAAAAACUUCAGUUGGAGCUCACACCUUAUCAGACAUCAGAGAAUCCACACAGGAGAGACACCCUACACGUGCUCUGAGUGCGGGAAAAGUUUCAAUCAGAGCUCUGCCCUUAUCACACAUCAGAGAAUCCACACAGGGGACACGCCCUACACAUGCUCUGAGUGCGGGAAAAGCUUCAGUCGGAGCUCACACCUUAUCAGACAUCAUAGAAUCCACACGGGAGAGAGGCCCUACACAUGCUCUGAGUGCGGGAAAAGCUUCAGUCGGAGCUCACACCUUAUCAGACAUCAGAGAAUCCACACAGGAGAGACACCCUACACGUGCUCUGAGUGUGGGAAAAGCUUCAGUCGGAGCUCACACCUUAUCAGACAUCAGAGAAUCCACACAGGAGAGAUGCCCUACACGUGCUCUGAGUGCGGGAAAAGCUUCAAUCAGAGCUCACACCUUAUCGCACAUCAGAGAAUCCACACAGGGGACACGCCCUACACGUGCUCUGAGUGCGGGAAAAGCUUCAGUCGGCGCUCACACCUUAUCAGACAUCAGAGAAUCCACACAGGGGAGAAGCCCUACACAUGCUCUGAGUGAGGGAAAAGCUUCAAUCACAGCUCUGCCCUGAGCGCACAUAGGAGAAUCCACACAGGAGAGAGGCCCCACCCGUGCUCUGAGUGCGGGAAAAUCUUCAGUCAGAGCUCACACCUUAUCACACAUCAGAUAAUCCACAUGGGCGAGAACUGUAAUAAAUCCCUUGACUAGGGCUGGCCAAAGGGUAUGUCUACACUACGGGAUUAAUCCAAAUUUACAGAAUUUGAAUUUUGGAAACAGAUUGUAUAAAGUCGAAUGUAUGCGGCCACACUAAGCACA